AUGUCGUCGCAACCCCAAGAUAUGAAUGCGCUACUGCACGCAAUGCGUGUGCAGAUAGCUGAAUUAACCUCGCAGCUCGCCGAGAUACAGGCCAACCCCCCUGUAGCAACCCCCUCGGUAGAGAAAAAGUUUAAUAAGAAAGUCGAAGUCGUCGCUGACCCUGGCGCCUUCGAAGGAGACAGAGCGCGAUUUGCCGAAUGGUGGAUCAAGCUCCAGAUUUGGGUCAAGGCGAACUGGGACGCUUUCGCCGACGAUUUUGAGGUAGCCACUGCGGUGCUAUCUCGCCUAAAAGGACCUGUGGCGGGUCGAUACGCCCAAGUAAGACUCCAGGAAUGCUACACCGCGGGUGUGUGGCCCACCUGGGACGAUCUCAAAACAGAGAUCGAAAAAUAUUUCAAACCGCAAGCUGAGCGUGACUGGGCGCGUCAGCAAAUCCGUUCCUUCAAACAAGGAAACAUGAGGACGGAUGAUUUCGUAACCCGGUUCCUGGCCCUCUCAAUCCAAGGGGGUCUUGGCAAUGAACACGCAGUGGAACUGCUAGAACGCAAUGUGAACCCUCGCAUUGCAGAACAGAUCUAUCUGCAGGAUACACGAAGUGACAACUUGGCCCUGGCGGCUGAGGAAGUACGACGAGUCGGUAGAGCCAUAGAGCUCUACACCAUGCACCAAGGUGUGAGGCAACGAUAA